AUGGACGCCUCGCUGUACGGAGGGUUUUACUCGUCCGCCGAUGCGAGCGGCGCUGCUGACGGGGCCUCGACCUUCAAUGCGACGAAAGAAGCCUCCCAACAGGCUAUCUCGAACAGCUUCAAGUUCGCCGCAUCAAAGUCGAUCCGGACGUCGACCAUCAUACUCGCUUCCUUCAACGCUCUGGCGGCUUUGGCAACGGCUCUGGGUAUCAUCUACGGUUGCUACGCAUACAAGAGGAGGGCUAUUAGGAGAUCAUCCGAUGCGUUAGUCUGGCAGUCUGAGAUGGAGACGACUUCGGUGCUGACUUUUCCUAGACCAUCGGGCCUCUUCUUCAUCAACACCGUCGAAGUAUACCCACUCGUGCUGUCUCUGGGCAUCACCAUUCAGAGCAUCAUUUUUGCCGCCGCCCAGUCGAUUGGCCUGUCAGCCCUGCUGAGCAGGGGCUGCACCGUUGUUUCGAUAUUUCUUUUACCUGCUCUCUUUAUCGCACCGUACAUUCACCUUGUUUUCGGAGUAGAGACGGCAGCACGUGGACUGCGUUCGCAAUUCUCGCCUCGACGAAGAUGGACUGUGGCGAUCUGCCUCGGCACUGUCUCAGCGUUCUUGCUGGCAACCCUCCUCGUCGCGGCCAUCAGCCGAGCUCCCGAUUUCUGCUUUGCGUCCCUGCUGUGGAUUGUCAAGCCUUACGCCAAAGGAAUUUUUGCGAUUUAUCUGGGUGUCUCCGUCGUGCUUCUCGCUGUCAUUAUCACGAUAUUCGUGAGAUUGAGCAAAAGUCGCAUGGUCGACCCCACCGAGAGAAUGGCAGCUUCGAGGAUGAUCUACUACCUGAUCCUCGGUUUCAUUUCGAACGGUUUUAUUAUUCCAUUCUUCUUCAGCCUCACAUUCCUGGACCAGAAGAAGAACAUUUUUCAAUCGCUUAACCUAUCUAUGGUUGCCUCUGUCGUGGCAAAUGUCAACGGUCUUAUGGUCGCUGGUCUACACCUGUUCCUUCGAUCGCAGAACAAUGCUUCUAUUGGACACAACUUGGGAGAAUAUGAGCAUCACAAGACCAAGCACGAGCCACGUGAGGAUGACGGUGGCUCGACCCAUGCGAUGCACCCGGUCAACGGCACCAGCCAGGACAGAGCUAGGUCGGACAGCAUUACGACGCUUCUGCGCGCUGUUGACGCAGAAGAGGGACAAAGUCCCAUCAGCCCAACUUUCCGACCGAAGGUCACCAUCCCGCAAGCUCCAGAGCCCACCCAGCCACCUUCCGAGACAUCUCCAUCUCACAUGCGAAAACAAUCCUAUUCUUUAUUCCCAAACAACCCCUUCGCCCCCGCCGCGGUCCUGCCCGCAACGACAUACGCACCUGCUGCAUCAAAACCGCUGAGAGACACUUUCAGACCACCACCAAUUGUGAAGCCUUGGCUCGGACGGGGCCACAAGAGAGAUUCGUCAAUCGUCUCUUCGGCCACUGUCCAAAUCGGCAUUCGCUUCUCCAAUGUGGAUGACUUCCAGCCCGCUAGGAUCAGCGAUGCACAGGAUAGCGACCGACCAGAAACAGUCCUGCGCCCUUCACCACUGGCACAGAAUGAAGUCAGGCCAGAAUCUGAGUACACGGAGCCAGAGAUCUUGCCAGAACCAUUGUUCACCAGGAGAGCAUCCAGGGACGCCAGAAUGAAGACGCUGCCUCCGGUACCGCGGGAAGACCCCCCUGUUCAGAAGGUUGAGAGUGACGAUGAGCAGUCUGAGAGCGAGAGGAGCGACAAAAGUGACCAGGAUGGGCUUAUUACUUUGAGCCCCUCUGUCUACACUCCCCAAGAUACUCCUCAGAGGAACAACUCAACUAAGACCACAAGAAUGCCCAGUCCCAUGGGUGUAGGCUUCAGCAACCCAGCCGCCCGCAACAAUGGCGAGAAGCACGCACCCCCACGACCAAACGGCACUGGGGUGACAACACCGGUGCCUUCGAACAAGUCCUGGAUCUAG